AUGAUUUCUAACAAUUAUUAUCAACCUGAACAUCAUAACUAUAACCCUGGCUAUUUUGAACCCAACAACGUUCAAUUUUCGCACUUUACCUACGGCGAAUCUUCAGAGCCGAAAGCUCAGAAUCCUUAUUUCCAACCAGCUCCUAUAGAUGGAACUCUAAAUGGCCAAUUUAAUUUCGAUGAUGAACCUCCACUUUUGGAAGGUGCUUAA